AUGUUUGCUGACGAUGUUAAGCUGUGGAGACCCAUCAGAUCUGACGCAGACAGGUACGCGCUUCAAGACAGUCUCAACCGACUGAAGAGUUGGUCAGCUCGUUGGCUCCUUAAUUUUAAUGUGGACAAAUGUGUGGUCCUGAGACUCCGCACCAAAAAGACCAGUAAGGAGCACGAUUCCUGUCAAUACGUCCUUGGUGGUCAGCCCCUUUCAAAUGUUGUGGAACAGAAAGUCCUCGGCGUCAUAAUGACCUCCUCGCUGAAACCAUCAUCACAGUAUCAAAGGGCAGUCAAAAGUGCGAUAAGGAUGUUAUUUGCGCUGAGGCGAGGAUUUGUGCAGAUCGGCAAGGAGCUGUUUGGAAGAAGUUAUGGGGCAUUCGUCCGGUCUCACUUAGAGUAUGCAGUUCAGGCCUGGCGACCGUGGUUAAAGAAAGCUUAUCAACGACUGGAAAGAGUACAGGCGAUGGCUAAGAAGAUGGUCAAGAAUCUUCAUCAUUAGCCUUACGAAACCUGGCUGACCGAACUAAAUCUUUUUCCUCUAAAUUACAGGCAACUGCGCGGCGAUCUCAUUCAAACGUACAGGAUUGUCAGAGGUCGUGAGUGUGCCCUAGACUUUGAUGAAUUCUUCGAAUUGGCCGGGACUGACCGCCUGCGUGGUCAUCCCUUCAAGCUGCAGAGGAAGCUGGCUCAUUCGGACGUCCGACGGAACGCCUCCUCUCACAGGGUCAUUGGGGCAUGGAACGGACUCCCUGAUGUGGUGGUUCUUUCCGAAAGUAUCGAUUCCUUCAAAUGUAGACUAGAUGCUCAUUUGUUGAGAAACUACUGUAGAUAGAAAGAUAGAUAGAUAGAUAAUUUUUAUUAAAGACCCGUCGGCGUCCCAUCAAAGCAAGUUAAAAUAAAUUUACAUGCGAGUUUUAGAAGAGGUAGGCCGAAUCUUUACAAAAUGCGAUUCAUGGUUUCUGAAUUAGAAAUCCAUUGAAAAACAUGAUGAUUGAGGGGUGAAAAAAAACUCCUUACAAAAAGUUAAAAAUGAUUGGAUUAAUUUUACAGGGGAAAAAAACCCCGCAAUAAAAAUAAUGACAGAAAAAAGCGAGCAGGACUGGCCUGUAGGUGGCGGUAUAUAACGGAAUGUUGUCGGUCCUCGUCAGGGUGGCAAUAAAUCUCAGCGUUUAGGGGUACGAAUGUGGGUCAGACAGGACUGGCUUGCAUAUGGCAUUGUAUACGGGAUUCACAAUUGAGAUCGUCUGGGCCGGAUUGAUACGCCGCGUCAAAGAGGCCAGACGAGAGGAACCCAGAUGCGAUCGGCCACAGCACGCUUCGAGCUCAGCCGAGCAGUGGGGAAGGGAGGUACGACCGAAAUACUAGUAGACAGCGAAUACUGAGGGUUCCGCCGUGAGCGUCGACAGACCGCAUGAGGUCGGAAUGCGGGAGAUGAAUCAAAAACCGCGAAAAUUGUCGCUAUGGGGAAGGACUUCAAAUUUAAAACAAUAACGAUUGUUUUAGCGGCGGCAGUUUGCGCCUGGCUCACACUUACCGUUAAUUUUUUCACUUUCCGCAUUUGCUGAUGUAAUUGAUGAUUUUAUUUCUGUUUAUCGAUAUAAAUAGGGAGCUCAAGGGCGAAAGUCACAUUCCCUUAAUAAACUGACUUAAACUGGCUUAAACUGACUUUUUGAACGCUGAAUAUUUAACUUUUCGGCAGAGACAUCCCCGCUGAUUUAGUUGACGCCGAUGAGAUAGUAUAGAACACUGAAAAGGUUAAUUCAGAUUUCCUCCAAAACCCCUCCAUUCCCAACUUCUGAGGACCUCAGAAUUAAAUGAGGAUUCCACUCAUGCGCUUGGCAGCUUAACCACGAGACUCCCUUCUAAAGAAGACAUUGAUUGUCCAUACUAAAUUUAUGCUUGGAGUGUUAAUUUGACUGUCCGAUUUUUCUGUAGUCACCCACUAGAGGAAAUUGCUCGAGGACGUAAUUAGAAGUUGGUGAUCAGUCUAGAAGCAGAACAACGAGAUCCUCAUCACCAACUGCCGAUUAAAUUUCGUUCAUUUGUAUCUGCUCUUAGCUAACCCUGGUAACUCCGUCAAAAAUAAAUCCAAAAAUAAUAGUCCCGAUAUUCCUUCUCCCUCCUAAAACAUAAGUCAUCUGUUUUACGCUCUUUCUGGGAGAUUAACUUUUCGACAUUUUACUCCUUCUUACAAAUUUGUAGCCACUUUCUUUUAGCGCACUUUAUCCUCUUUUGAAAUCUUUUCCCUCCCCUUUUGGUUUUUGUCUCUCAAACUCUCUGUCGACGUUAUGGAUCUUCCGUCGUGCCUUCUCGCUAUUGUGUACCUUUGACACAAAGCUAUGUUUCUGUCCUGCCACACUGUGUUUUGCUUGAGUUUUCGUAAUAGAACAGCACAAAAAUUUCCAGAGGCAAUUGGAUUUCCAGACCAAUAUGUAGGUCAUUUCCAGUCACGUUAUGGUGCUCAAAAUGGGCUUCUGUCCUACAGAAUUGACCUCGGAUUGUUCAGUUAGUUAGUUGCACAGCAUUGCAAACAAGUGUGCUCAAGGACAUUAUCCCAUGCAGAUAGAUAUUGAGGGGGUGGUGACGGUACAACAAAUCAAGCUUGUGUUUGAAUGUUUAGACAAAGACCUCCUAACUUGAACUUGUGUUCAGCAGGACUUGUGAUGCCGUCUGAUUCAACCCCCGAUGUUAAUUUCUAUAUUGGACUGUCACUGGCUUUGCUUUCAACACUUUUUAUCGGAUGCAGUUUUAUUGUUAAAAAAAUAGCAUUACGCAGGCUUGCGGCCAACGGCACUCGUGCAGGUUUGUAUUUAAUUCUGCUGAGUUUGACUUAAGUCGAAUGUAGCAAUCGCUACACUUUACAGUAUUUGGCAACGCUGUUUUCACAUAAUUCACUGACGACUUGUCUAGUCCUCUUCGUAAACUAAAUUUUUAUGGGAGCUGUGGUUAUAUGUAAAUUAGGGUUCGCGCCCCGUGAUUGGUUUUUUCUUCUAACUGUGUCAUCACCGUGCUUUAGUUUGUAUUCAAGUUACAUGUAAACUUAUUAAUUCUUAGAUGCAUCUUCAUGAUCAAUUAAGUUUGGAAUCGUGUAUUCGUAUAGACAGUAUCUUCUAAUAUUUUGCACAGUUUACUCAAGAAAACCGCCAAUCUUUUAGACACUCGUAGAUUUUACCCAUUUGUUAGCACACUUGUUAAGAAGUCGUGCAGGAUCUAAAAAGCCGUUCGAGAACUAAGUGACUGGGGGUCAAACAACCCUGAACUUAACUUCAGUGAAUCGCGGCUACCUGUGAAAUCUUCGUUUAUCAUCACUGUCAUAUAUUAUUUCCUUGUAAUGUCUUACCUGAAGUGGACAUCGAACCGCAAUCCAGAAAACCCGAACGUCCUAUGCUCCGUUAUUUCGUCAUGACAGCCAGUGUGAUUUUGGAUGUACCUCCACUGCGUAUUCUCUGGGAGAAGAGUGCGGAGUGUGGAAUUUCGAACACAAACCAAUUGUCCCAAUCUAAUCUCAUUUACGGCGUCGCCGUCAAAAGUGUGAAUUUAGUACCAUCGGGCCCAAUUCAUAGUCGUCAAGCAUUUGUUUAUUUCACCUGUUGACGGGUUCUUACUUUUGGCAGUUCCUAAAUCACUUUUCUUUAUGCCAAGUUGGAGGGCUCAUUUGUCAGCAGCUCUCGAUCGAAAACCUCCACUAGUCCGACUUUGGCAAAAGUAUAUGUUGGACUUUCCUCUAAACCGGUUUAUAUUCCUUGAAAUAGAUACCACUUAUGAAGAUACAGUGAGAGUAAGAUCAGUAGCAGCUGCAACAACAAUCUCGGUAUCGGAAAAAUCGACUGGCCCUCAGCACACAGGGAACCCGUCAAAGUUCAACAUGUGACUGAACGUUGUCCAACAUCAGUGCUGUCGGAUAUUUAAAUAAACUUUUUGUCUUUCGUUUGUUUAAUAUUCGGAAAUAUUGCAAAUUUGCUAUUUAUACAGCUAACCUGUACGAAAGGCCGUAACUGUCUACCUAGAGCAUGAAACCGAGUUAUAUUAUCCCAACUUCGUCUAGGUGCCACUUUCACCUAUUUUGAACUCAUUUUGAGUUUUUUUGCUUACUCAGUAUUUUUUUAUUUUUAUCUAGGCGAUGGAGGACUGCAGUAUCUGUGUGAUUGGGUUUGGUGGUUUGGUCUUAUUCUCAUGGGCAUUGGGGAGGGCGCCAACUUUGCCGGUUACGCUUUCGCACCUGCCUCUUUGGUUACGCCGAUGGGCGGCCUCUCUGUUCUCGUCAGCGCCGUGCUUAGUUCUCAUUUCCUCGGGGAGGACUUAAACUUUCCAGGAAAAAUCGGCUGCGUAGUAUGUCUCUGUGGGUCAACAAUGGUCGUAUUACACGCCCCCAAAGAGCAGGAGGUGCAAACGCUACGGGAACUGAGUGAAAAGAUCCUCGAUCCCGGUACGCUUUUUUUCUAUGUAUAACUGAAUUUUUGGAAAUACCAUUUCACUUUUUCUUCUAUAGUUGUUUUCCAUCUCGCUCCCUCUCUACCAGAAAGCACAUUUAUUUGCUCUCUAGUGUAUAUUCUGGUUUUGUAUGAUUUUAUUUGCGUUAAACCUCGACUACUACUCACAACUAGUGACAAUUCUGCCAUGUACCAGACAUUCCCGCAUAUUAUGCUCCUUCCUGGUAAUGGCAGUAGUUGAACUAAUCGAACUGAGAGCUCGUCUCUUCGAACCGCCUGGACACCAUUUCGCCUUCCCAUUACCCUCUGUCAUUAUAAUCAUCAUAGGAAACCCAAGCUUCGAUAACUGACGCAAAAGCCUCGAAAGUCACUAUCUUCUAUCCCCAACAUUUAGAGAGACGAGUUCCUUUUUAACGACCUACGGGACGGGCAUGUUCCGUAACCCGAUAAAUGAGCGCACAUCUGUCAUAAAAUAGCAUUGGUCACAACCUGUGGAUUUACGAACAAAUUAUUGAGAUCGUUUACACUUUAAUAGACGUACUUCGUUUUUUUUGCGAGACCGCCAACAGGCUGCGAAUUUGUAUUGUCGCUGCUGGGCCAUUCAGUUGUGAGUUCAUCUGACUACAGUAACUUAGUCUACAGUCUUUCAAGUCCUAGCAUAAGCCCAGCGGCUCUUAAUUAUGCCUCGUUUGGGUUUAGCCAACAUCUAGCUGUUUGAUAUAUUGCCCCUGAAAUGUAAUUUACGUUUUCGCUGCCCUAUGCUUACAUGACCAAGCACCUUCCAUAAGAGCUGUUUGGUUCGCUUUGUACUUUUUAUCGUUCAUACCAGAAGCUGUAAACCUCUAGCAUACAGGCGAUUGAACUCCCCCAACAAGCGCUGGAUGGUUGCGUCUCGUGUAUUUUCUAAAUUCCUUUCUUGAAAACACUCGAGUACAGCUGUUUCCCACUUAGGCAGCAAGAUUUGGUGCUCAGCCAUAGAAUAAUGUCCUACAGAGAUUGUGUCAUUACAGCCGUUCCAGUAUAAACUUACUUGCAUCGUACUCUAUAAGUUCACUGGAACUCCGAGGUUUGCCAUGCAUUGCAUGCCCCGAAAUACUUGGGUGCGUCAUGAAAUUUUGAUCAUCAUACUUGUGCUAAAACAGCUUAUCAUGGUUGGAUCCAACCUGGUACGACAGAGAAAAGUAGUUUCCGGAUUUUCACGACUCCAGUUUGUCUUCGUCAUUUCGCACAAACGUUUUCUGAGUUCAAAUCUUUAGCCUCAAGUUCUCAUCUAUCUCCCUCCUGAGGGACGUUUUAACUUAGCAUCCUUUAAAGCAAUUUCCGGGAAUUUCGUAGUUUUUGUCGGACACUAGUGGCGACGGGCCAUUAUGAACAUAGUAGUCGCAGCAACUUCUCCUUAACCUCGAACUUUGAUUGUUCUCCAUUAGAAGUAACAUUUUCCCCAGAUCCGGCCUAAAGCCAUGAUUAAAUCCUUUUUCUCUCAGACUCUAGACCGCGAAGCUUAUCUGUAAUAAACUUGAUUAUCCUGUUAUUUACAAAGGAAAUCGGCACAGACUACCUACCUGGCCUCAGGUUAUAAUUACUUCAUGAACUCGCUUGAGGUUUAAGUCUCUUGUUUUAAGUGCCAAAAGGUGGCUGAAUAUCUCAUUCUAACUUCGCGGUCUUCACUCUUUAACGGAUAAGAACCAAAGCCCUUUUCCUCUGCCAAAUUUGUCUGUGCAUCGCUUCGCAGUCUACGAGCCACUACCGUUUGUCAGUUGGACGUUUUCUCACAGGAGCACACAGCAGGUCUUCUUUGGAAGUGAGAACACCACCUUAAUUUUUGUAAGGAUUCGUAUUUCCAUUGAAAGGCUGCAUUUCGUUGCCAUAGAAACGAGCCAGCGAGGCGAAAGUAUGGGCAUAGAUGUCAUAGAGAAGGACUAACUACCUCUUACAAAGUCUUUUCGCACUGCACUUUGUUGGCAGAACUCCGAUUGGCUCGUCAUAUUUGGUAAUACUGUUUCUGUUUUGCUAAGAUUCUACUAGUACGGGCUUGUUUAUUCACUUAAUAUUCCUCCGCCUCGUGAUGUCCGAAAUUAUUUCCUGCACCGCUCCGUUUUUGUUUUGCCGGUCAUCUUACCCAACCGUUCGGUCUUUAGACGACACUUGUCCGGAUUAUGUCUCCCGUAACCCCGUGACAUGCGAUACGUCCUAAAGUCUCCCCAUGACAACUUCAACGAUGGAUGCGUAGGCGUCUCCAUUGCGUCAUUUCGACUGCGCUUUUGCUUUACAAAAUGUGCUUCGUGGACCUUCGUUUAAACUACAAUUCCAAGUCUUUUAUACCCUAGUGCGAUUGUCAGUUUAAGCACUAAACAAUUCACACUACGGGCACAUGAUACCUGAUUUCCUUCUGACAGUUCGACCGUCGUUGUCGGCAAUGUACACCGUUUGCCCCACAGCAAGGUGAGAGCAGGCACAAUGGCUGGGUUAGUUUAUAGUGGUGGUAGACUUGCACAGCAUCUACCGCACUCCCCCUCUCUCGCCUGAGCUCGGUGUCAGGACAUAGUCUAGAACAACGAAGGCGGGAGAGGGCGCAGGGGCUGGCACGACCUGACCCGUGCCUAGGCGUAUCACCACACCCCCUGGUCCACAACAAACACUUUACCAGUAUUUUAACCAAUAACAAAAGUGGGUCAGGACGGAGAUGAAACAAGUCACUGGGUAACCAUGCGCACGGCCUGUAUACCCAACAGGAGCGCAAGCGCACCCGCCGGCAGGGAACCAGGUGCCAGAGAACUAGCAAUGCACAACAGGCUGCGUGGGCCAUGGUUAUCUGAAUCAUGACGUAGCUUGAACCGUUGUCUUAUUUCGUGCCAGUCUUAUCCAUUCACAAGGGUUCCUCAUCUUGCGUUUGGCAUGAAUCCAGCCUUUUUUUGUUAGUCAAAGUGGUGGUUACUUCUUGACCUUGCGGUGUUGUGAUCGGGCAUUUUGUGUUGUACUCUGCUGGUUCUGCAAUGAUGCCUCUUAUUGACUUUCCGCCCACUGUCCUUGUUCUGGUUAUUUUGGUUCUUGUGGUCUAAAAAGUACAUUCACAACUCUGCUUGCUUACUCACCCGCUACUUUUGAAAGUGAACUUCGUGCAUCAGGUGUUGCAGUGAGAGCUGCCGUGCAUUACGUUGAUGAUGGUGGUGCUGCUGUUGUUGCUGCUGCUGGAAUUCGAUGAGAAACCAAAGGAGUAACUUUAGAUAAGCUCUAAAAGUUCAUUUGCAACGUCUUACAGGCCCGACGAAGGUGCAUGAAAAAACCGCCAGAUUUUAUUGAAUAGUCAGCAUACCGCGGAGGUCUGUCGCGAAAAACGUCAUUUGGCAAGUAGGAAGCCGGAGGGAGGAUCCACUUCUAUUCCAAUGUAAUUAUAACUUUUAACGAGGAUGUAUUCCUCGGAUGAUGCCAGCAAUUGGCACAAGUAAACGGGUGAAAAUGCCGCUACACUUGGGAUAAGUAAUUGAUAUUAGGCUAAAGGCGAAAAAACCCCCCCGGUGGACGAGGAGGGUGAAAAUAACAGCUCCGUCCCAGAUUCCUCCCUCCGUAAGUUACUCCAGAUUUUGCGCUCCGGCAAGUCCUGAUCGUUUUGGUCCUCCUACAACGGGCCACGCGGACGUUACGCCGGACCAACGCGACAGCCACGUUAGGAACUCUAACGUACCACUUACAUCCUUCGGAGUCAGUCUACCGAUCAUGCAGUAAUCUUAAGUGUCUGAGUAUUUCCCGCCUGGUUUUACGUCGUUACAAGUAGUUCGUUCGGGUCUACUCUUCAGAGGGACUCAAAUCGACGUCUAGAAACUUGGUCAUAUCUGGCGACCAGUAUGCUUUUGUGGAUGGGGAACAAUCUGAAGAUCUGACAACCUUUUCUCCCUUUUCUACCGAGACAUCUAAGUCAUACACGGAUUUAAACUGGGUGACGGCUAGGGGGAGGAUUUGUCGCGUUUAUGGCCGUCUAACAUUUUCACGCAAAUUGAGGAUGCUGCAUGAAAGCUGCUACCAGUCUGCCCCAAAGAUACUUCGAAGUACCUUUUUCAGCCACUUGAUGCAAUAAUUAGAAAGGUCUAUUGGUACAGCGAGCAGUCGUGCAGGCUUUUAUCUUAGCAAAUAGUGAGCACACAAGUCACCUUGCGGUCAGGAGUUAGCAGUGUGCUGUUUUACAGAGGAGUGUGCGUGCUGACGUAAUUGCUAAUGUCAUCGCACACUGGAGCGUUGCCAGUAGGGGUACGACGGCAGAAUGCCACGGAAGAUAGGGCUAGUCGCCUCACACUGACAAUGAAACGAAAAUAUACUUGGCAUGCGUGAGAAUUAGCUGUUCCUCUACGUGGUGGCAGACGCAUCUUUUCGUCAGUCGAAUGGGCCAGGGUUCCGAGGGCCCAACUCCAUUUAGGGUCGCACUCCCACCCUUUCAGGACGCUCAGUACAUACUCAAUUACCUAUCAUAGACACAUGUCUAUCGAGGGAGGGUAGCCCGUUAUUUGAAAACCCUAGACAAGGAUAUCGUCUGGCAUGUCUAUCGUUGAAAAUCUAGUCCAGGUACCUCGUAUGAGUGGCUUGUUAAACCAAGGGUUCAUAUUUAUUCCACAAUUAGGUUACUGGGUAUAUUUUUGCUUCCGUGUCUGAAAUGUUCGCGUCCCUGGGUUUGCGUUUGCGCAACAACCAGUGCUGUAUGCGGACUCCUUUGCAAAUGGGUCUGCCUAUUUCCUGCUGAAUGUUUUAUCCUGCUGGACCUACAGUUGUGCCUCGAUUACGCAGUCCUUGCGUUCUCUCUGUCAUCGGUCUUCAGUCCCUGCUUGCACAUGUUUAUUCUCUCCAGGUUAGGUGUGCCAAAUUUCCAGGCUGUGCUCCUAUGCGGGAUGGCAUCACGAGUGUUGCUUGUAUAAUCUGUACGCAUUGCAAUGCAGUUCCCGUCCCAAAUCAGUAAAGCGUUAGCAACGGUGGCCAAACUGCCAAAAGUUUUGAAUAGGAAUAACGACCACCAUGAGAUGUAUAAAUUUACAUGGAUAAGAACAAUUGUUCGUCAGAAGGGCAGCAUCCGUUUGGCUCUGCAAUUAGUGCAACUACAGCAAAAACGCUCUUAAGAACAAUCCCACCUGCUGAAGAGCAUUCUCUGCAAGGUUCAGAGAGAGAGACGACACUGGACCAAAGCUUUAAGACAAGGCAAAACCUUUGCGUAUGUUCCUUCUGCAGUCAGUGCGCAUAAGUGAACACUACAUCCAUUUUGAUUAAGAUACUUUUAAUUAGCUUUUUAAUCGCUCUCUGAACAGCGUUUUCGCCCUGCUAAAAAGACGUUGACGUGAAUCGACAGCCUUGCAAGUGGCCGAAGUUGUUCAAUCAGAUCCAGAUUGUCACAAACGGGCUGUAUCGCUGUUGCUGCAGACCACAUCUGCGGUCACAUUGGCUGAUGAUAUGCGUUAGUCGGACGGCGUUGAGUCUGAAUGAGUUCAUAACUGUUGUCGUACGCGCACACAGUGCGCGUUAGACGGAAGUUUGCUCCACCUCCGCCGCUGUACUUAACCCCACAACUAAUCAGCCAACAGUCAUGCCACUAGUGCAUGGGAGACGAAGGAGAGAGCGAGGACGAUACUGAAAUACCCUUCCUCACGGCAAUUCAGUUCAUCACUCACUGUUGUGUGAGUCCAUUCGACCCUUUCUAACUUUCGCGCUGGUCGAGUCAACUGUCAAAAGGGCUGAACGCACUCAACACACUGACUGCAGUGUCAAUUGAAACUAUCUCGUCUGUCUUUCUGUCGAUUUCCAGACUGAGCACUUUUAUAUCUUGCCAUUGAGUGUGACCUCCAUACUUGCCCAUGCUUGCGCUGCAGGCGCCCACUUUGUUUUAUUAGUGACUGCAUGCUCGUUUGUCCACACCCACUCACAAACUUGAGGACUAUCGUCUCAGAACUCAAAGUCGACCCUCCAGCCGACGUUCCCUUUGGCACAGACAACCUUUAAGGUCACCUGUCCUUGCUCCUGGUGCGUGAGCGUCGCAACCUUGCGUUUUGAUCUGCCCACGCCUGCGAGUUCAGUGAACAUGACAAAUAGUGCGUCUUUACUUUUUCCAUUGGCUUUCAAAAGUAGCUUGAUGGUUUGCCUCGGAGUAGUACAUUUUUGCGGACACACCGUAUGCGCACUCUGUACUAUUGGAAGCGACAAGAGUGCAGUAGGCGGCAAAGUUCGUGGCCUAUUCAUGCCUGCCUUAAGUGCUCCAUCAAGUUGAAGGCAUUGCUUUAGUGAGUUUACAACAAUGAUAGACAGGGCACAUAAUCGAGGAAGAAGUUAUAGUAGGAUGACCGGCUUCAUCAAAUUACCAGACCUCUACACUCGCAUGCAUACGAGGUGGGAGAAGUAUUAGUUAGACGAAAGAGCCAAAUGCGGUGUGACGAAAAGGAUGAAGGAGAUAUGAUUGGGGGCCUGAGAUCGGUGACCGAGCCAGGGGACAUGGGGCUUGGGGAGGUGAAGCAGAUGUCGAUGCGCGCACGCUAGAAAGUACGACUGUGAGGACUACUAGGUCGUGAUCAGUCUUUUCCUCGCACUGUCCCCUCCGAUUUUGAAUGGAACUUUUUUUCAGAAGGGAGGAUAAUCUCGAGUAGGUUUCUGCUUGCAUGCAUGCCGGAUUUCGACUGAGAACUGUUCCGCCUAUUCGUGUCGACACCUCCCGCGUUUAUUCCCUUGCAUAUAUACUGUGCACUUUUUUUCAUUUACCUUCGGGUCUUAUCGUAAAUCUCUUUUUGACAAAACAAGUCAACGAAGGGCUCCUAGUAGCGAUUUUGCAAAAAAACUUAUGUAUGUGAAGAUGCGCUUGAAGCAGCGAAGUAUUUCUGGUUGAAACAAGUCGAUAUCAAAGAGACUUUCAAGUUGUUCCGAUAAAUAUGCCUACAUCUUUAGUAUGCGUACCUUUUUAAAACCACCCAUACGAAGUAUACCCGCCCUUUCAGAUCAAUAUCAGUAUCAUUUGAGUGCUCUGUCACAUAAGAGCACAAAAACUAGCGAAAUUAAAGUGAAAGGUCAAGCUAACUAUGUAGCAAAUCAUAAGAGUAUGUAAAAGUUAAGAUUGUUUAGCAAAAGUUACCUGAACUACUGAGCUUUCAAAACACCGAAUUUUUUAAAAUGUGCACCAGUGCCCUUCAUCGACUUAUCCUGACUACAGAGCGAAAAUACUCGUUUCCAUUUGGCAAGCAAAAUGGACCGCUUAACGCCGUCGUGUGUCAGUCGAUUUCCGGUAUCAUUCCUGCAGCUUGAGUCUAAAAAAUUUGGUUUUGAAAUGUCCUAUGACCCAGAGUUGCACCGGCAUCCGGUGUUUGUUUAUCCCUGUUUGAUGACGGCAGCGUAGUCAUAAGCGGCCGUUCCAGUGUCUCUAUUCUUUAUCGACAAUUCGCCUCAAAUAUUUAAACCUACGUACGAAUCGAAACUUGGCGAAAUUUUCGGGAACAAGGUGAGCACCCAUACCUGGCAGUCUUCACUCGAAAGUUUGCUCGUCAUCAUGCGUGAUAACGUUUUCUGUUCGUCAGUACUGCAUCCCUACUUAAGGAAUAUCUUCUAUUUGAGGGUAUGUUAAUUGAUUUCGUGAAUUUUCGCGCCUUCUGUAGGUUGUGUAGACAGGACAGUUUAAAGGAUUCCCGUCUGUAGGCAGUGAUAGACGUUUAUUUGUAAAUCAGUUUUCGAAGGAAGGGAAGCUGGGUAAGGCAUCAGAACUGAUCUCAGUUUAUUCAGCACAGACAAGUUUUUCGACACCUUCAUACAGCGUCUCCCGUGCAGCUUUUGUGGCUAGCUUCGAGGUGAUUGUCAACCGCUUACCGUGACUGUUGACUCAACUUUGCAGACUUUGGACUACCUGCCAUGCAGAGCACACCCUGCAUCCGGUUAUCGCCGUAGCUUGGUAUUUUCGUGUGAGUCUUUUUUGGAUUUUCGACCUCGAGUUCUUUCUCAGCCUUAUCGAGUAUUCGAUACUUUGACCAGCACAAGUCCACCACUGUUCCACGAGGUCGACGCAGUAGCAGUUUGGCCAUUAAUAUGUUUGUAGUGAAGUAGACUUGCGAAACCUCUGCCUCUAUCCCCCUUCCCUCAACCACCAUGCCCCUGUUGAUGCCCGUGGGGUACAUCGACUGACAAACCAGAAUGGCCUUCCUUUGUCACACGUACUGAUUCCUACUACACAAAAGCCAGGCUUCAAGGGAGUCUCCGAUCUCACAGGAGCCAGGUGCCAUAAAGGCCACACAGUUAUGAACUCAUCCAGACUCAAUGCAGUUCAACUAACGUAUAUCAUCAGCCAAUGUGACCGUAGAGGGGGCCUGCAGCAAAAGCGGCGUAGCACAGCUGUGCGUCUGAAUACACUAUACAAAUCUCACGGGUUGUUUGGAUACUAUUAUUGGCAAUUUUUGGCUUCCGGUCUUUCGUGCUUCCGUGGACAUUCACUACUCUUUUGCUUCGGAUUUAAAAUUCAUUUUCGCUUUUUUAUGCUCCCAACCCGUUACCACUUUUUACAACACGCUUAACCCUAGUUUUCAGUAGCCCUACAACUCCACAAAUUUGACAUGCCGAUUGUUUAUUUGGGAAACAUUUCCUCUUUAUGUCCUCGACUUAAUUAUUGAAAUUAACCCAGAUACAUGUACGCUAAGUGGAUGGGCUUGCAACUGAGUGUAGGGUCGAUCAAGAGACUGGUCCAAGCAGGAGUGGCUUUGCUGAGAUUUAGGCAGAGAUUCUUUGUCUGGGCGAACAAACGAUCUGAAAUUCCAAGUCUCCCUCAUGAAGUGGUCCUACUCAGGCCGGUUUGUUGGCCAGUUUUUGCAUCGUACUUCUAAACUGAUUAAUCAGGCUAGGACCACAGUGCAUUCGUCAUUGCCCAAUAAGCCUUUGAUAAUAGGACUAUUCUGGUGUACUUCCGAUUCCUGCACUUAGGUUUUCUCAUCUACACCUCAAUUAUUAUCGUGGCGGCCAUCAUAUCGAUUUUCCUGAUUGCGCCGCGUUUUGGCCAGCGGAACCCCCUCGUCUUUGUCUUCAUCAGCGGCAGCAUCGGUUCCCUUUCAGUGAUGGCCUGCAAAGGCAUUGGCCUGGGUAUCAAAGUGAGUGUUCUUCAAGUCUCCCAUUUUUUUCUUCUUGCCUGCCUCCCGCCACCUGUCCACUGCCUCCCAGAGUGGUGCCACUUUGCGCUCAGCCUAUUUUCUGCAUGGCGAUAUCAUGUAACCUGCACAUUUUGCCCUUCUUUCCUUUCCCGCCCCUAAUUCUUUCAAGCUGAGGAGGAUCGUGGUGGACAUCGGUCCUUUCGGUCUCCUCUGAAACUGGUUUUUGGCGACCUUGGUUUGCGCCUUAAAUAUGAUUAGCACCGAGCCAACGUCGUUUCUAGGCUGACAGACAUCUUUCUAGUGUUGUUUUGUUCAUUCCAGGUCUCUCGGGUGGGACGUCACUGCAUUUGCACCUGUCGGCACAAACCUUGCAAGACCUCAUUACGUCUUCUGCAUCCCCCGUUGAUUUUGGCGCUUUGCUAAGAGGAAGUCGAGGCCACCAGCGGUUAAUUUUUAUUAUUUGAAACCUGUUCCGGGUCCCGUGUCUGACGAUGCCGAAUGACGAGUCGUGUAUGCCUCAACGCAUGCUGAGUGCUGAUUGCUACUCGCAAUGACGCCGCCUGCGAGGGCGCUAAUCUUGGCUCCAGCAUGGAACGCAGCGACUGCACUUUGUUCAGGAAGCGGACCACAUCAAUAAGGAAUACUACCGCGUGAUACGACUACGCCCAGUCGCAGCCGACAGGGUAUGAACUUAUACCUAGUGGGCAGCGCCUCCAGUCGCAUACAUGAACACCAGCUGGUGGUGAGAAAUCGAGAUCAUAUAUCCCAGCUGUUCAUGCACACACUGGACAGGCGCCACGCAUUUGAAUGGGGGAAAACCCCAAACAUCGGCACCUACCAGACGAAGAAGGCCGCGGACUCCUGGAGGCAGUGCACCCAGAUGGGAUAUGCAUUAAUAGACUGCCGAUUUAGAUACCAUGUACAAAAUUCCCAAUGGCAAGUGGGGACGCGCAUAGUCACUCAAGUCUGGGCGACAGGAUGCAAAGAGAGUGCACUGGCGCAAUCUUUAGCCAUGUUUUUAAGACACGGUUAAAAAGUUAGCUGUUGCCCUUAUUUCUGGCGACGAGCUAGGAGGCAGCCACAAAAGUCUACACAAUAAGCAGUCUUCUUCGUUUUCAACGGACUUAAACCAGCAGAAGUAACAAGGCAAAAUCGAUUUUUCGGCAUGUUUAAAUGUUAACUGUGUUGCACACUUACUUCACGUCUGAAGACGACUUGGGGAACCAAGAUCGAAAAUUUACAAUAAAACUUGUUUAAUAUUUCCCAAAGAGCUGUUUUCUUUCGAAAUAUAUAUAUAUAUAUGAGAUGGAGCCGACAAAGACAAGGGAGACCGGAAUGGCCAUUUCUGGCUUAUUAGCCGUCAUCAGCCAGUCACACCCAACCCCAAGUGUGGAUCACUUGAGAUUCGAACCCGGGAUCUUUGGUCAUGGAGUUUGACGCUCUACCAUUGAGCCACGGGCCCGUUGUCCUGUCGGUUGUGAUCGGGAAUAUUAAUUAUGACAGUGGGCGCUCGUCGAUCAGGUUACGGAACAUGCUCGUUCCGUUGUGCCUUGGGGCUCAUACUACAACCCUCGCAGGCAGUCGCACAGCGACUAGUAGUAGACAUAGAUGAGAUGGAGCCGACAAAGACAAGGGAGACCGGAAUGGCCAUUUCUGGCUUAUUAGCCCUCAUCAGCCAGUCAUACCCAACCCCAAGUGUGGAUCACUUGAGAUUCGAACCCGGGAUCUUUGGUAGUGUGCAUUCCGAGUAAUAUGUUGAAGAUAGAAGGCUCGUCGGAAAAAUUGAGUUGUACUCGUGAUUUGUCACUCGUAUUCGCGCACGCCCUUGAAUGCGACCAUCGCUUCAAUUGGGAAGGAACUGAAAUUGUUGCCAUGGCAAACACCAAACAGGCCCGAGAAUUUCUCGAAGCCUGGCACUCUAGCACAACUAGUAUCAAUCGUCAUGUCGAUCUAGACGCUCAUUACGAAGGUCUGCGUACCCGGCUCACUGACUUGCACCUACGACCUAACAACUGUCGCUAAUCCACACCGGGCCAUGCAUAAUCGGACUAUUUCGCCAUCCCCUUCCCCAGACACAGCGAACCGCAACCGCAAUUUCUAACACCUCUACGUUGGAUCACUGACCUCCACCCGCAUGCCGGAUCGACGAUCAUUAAGUCCACCGUCCGAAGUCAAAUCGAAUCAUCCUUCCCCCCCCCUACCCUCCAACACAGGGAGCCGUAACAGUUCCCUCGUCCCUCCCCCACCACAGACGCUAGCCUAAUUAUGUCUCCAUCCCCCUCCCUUUCAUUGAUUAGUUGCUUAGCUAUUAGCGGCUGCCCUGUCACGCCAACCAAUUUGGUCUGACCAUUUCACUUUCUCCUCUGUUUAUUUCGUCUGACGACGGGUUGGUGUCACCAGCUCGAAAAUUCACGAGUACAACUCAAUUUUUCCGGCGAACCUUCUGUCUUCGACAAUAUAUAUAUAUAUAUAUCAAUGGGGAAUGGGCGCACACCGAUCUAUUGGCUUCACAAAGCAAACAAGCUCCGUAUGUGUGGCAAAGGUCACGAACAGGCAACCAAUUACCAGGCCGAAGUCGGCCAAGUCAUAAUAGCAGCAUUCUCUGUCGUCCCUCCUCGCAUUGAUAAAUACCCGAUCUGCAGCGACAGAGAAUGACAGGUGGCGAGGCACUGAUGAACUUCGGUUCGAUGAAGUGCUUAUGACCCAUCUGGUAGGCCUCAGUGGUGGACCGACUGCGCCAGGUGCGUCUGUGCGCAUGUUUGUGUUUCUGGUCUCAGCUGCUGGUGGUCAGGGUUAUGAUUGGCUGAAUGAAGGCAGAAUAAGCCCGAAACAGUGCUGUAUCAAUCUACCCGCAUUCUCUGUCGUCCCUCCUCGCUGCUAUAUAUAUAUAUAUAUAUCGGCGAAACACGUGUCUGGGCUUUUAGCAAGUAUCUACGUCGGGAGUACGGUAUAAUACCUUUACAAUAUGGAUUUCAUACUACUCGUAGUACUACUUGUUUGUAGAAUGGGCAUUACGUGGUUAUUCCACAGUAGUUGAUUGUCUUCGACUCAAAUGUUCAUUGAAAUUUCGGUUCUGACCCUAAAAAGUCGUGUCCCGGAGAUUUAACUCCAUGUCCUGCACUGAUUAAUUUCUGAAAUUAUUCGCUUGAUUAUUCUCUGGAGUUCAUAUACCAGAAACCGCUAGAGAACGCUGGGGGUCCCACUGAAGAGCCGAACCCCUCGCAGCUGUGUCACGCAGCGGCAGAAUAUCGGCGAAACACGUGUCUGGGCUUUUAGCAAGUAUCUACGUCGGGAGUACGGUAUAAUACCUUUACAAUAUAUAUAUAUAUAUAUAUAUAUAUAUAUAUAUAUAUAUAAUGGUAGGGGGCGCUCACCGAUCGUUCUUACGGAACUCACUCGUUCCGUUGUGCCUUACGGGCUCUCCCUCGAGCCCAUACAGCAGCCGCACAGCGGCGCAUGAUAUAGGCAGAAUGGCAUUGCCGACAAAGACAAGGGAGACUGGAAUGACCAUUUCUGACUUAUUAGCCGUCGUCAGCCAGUCAUACCAACCCCUAAGUGUGGAAAACCCGAGGCUUGAACUUACGACCUGUUAGUUAGAAGUCCACGCCUCUCAUAUGCGCUUCCUUGCGUUCGCCUACUGUUAUUUUAUUUCCCAUCUAAAAGACGGUUUUCACCGGAUUCCAAUCCUUCUCCGUUUCCUAUUGCCAACUUCUCAUUUUGAAGGAACUUGUUCGCUCCCUCGAUCGAGAUUAACUUUUUUGUUCGUUUUUUCCCUAUUGCAUUCAAUUAUCGCAUCAUCGUCUGAGAUCGUGCCUUGCCUAAGUGUAAUGAGCUUUGACAGGUUACGGAAGGCCUGCUGUGGUUGGUUUGUGGUUGUUAAGCAAUCAAUCUGCUGCCGCCCACUAUACACAGCUCGAUUGCCUUUCUCGUAGUUUACUUUGGUGCUUCCGUUUAGUUUUAUUCGCGGUAUUUCGUAAACUAUAUUCGCGUCUACACAGACGUAUCGCCCUAAAGCAUGACCAACUUUGCGUCUUUCCCUUCGCAUUUCGGUUGUUUGACCUGCAGGAAUUAGAUGUCCGGGUUUCAAACCUUGUGAGAUCAGGCACAAGUCUAGCCUCAGAAAACAGUACUAACGAUAUUAUAUAGCGCUGUCCAGCCGUUUGCAUCGUCACCGGUCGACGGUUCGGACGGCGCCCGCAUAGUCAGUGUCACUUAUGUUUUUUAUCCCUUUGCCCAUUUUCCCUCAAAUUAUACUACUCUGGUUCAGCCCCAGCGUCUGGUGUGCGGCUGAGAGGGCCUUGCAGUUGUCAGUCAAUAGUGGAAUCGUCUGCUCGUCAUAAAACUAUUCGCUUGAUGCUUGCCUUCACCACCUCGCAGAAUAAAGGCAUGUCCGGAUCCUUUUAAGUGUCACGCCAUCCUAUAAAAUCGAUCUACUUUCCCCGUUGUCUUGAACUGUGUGUACCUGCUUGUUUCUAGUCACUCGUUGAUGUGUCUAACGUAACUGGCCUUUCACGAGUUAGGUGGGACUCGGCAAUCCACCCAAGUCGUUUUGCCUCUUGGUAUUGGCCCUUUUGAUCUCAUAUUUUGUCGCUAGGCUGCACCCUCCGUGGAUUAGUGGUAGACAGUCAAGGGCUCGCAUUAUUUUACGUCUGUAGCCCCCUGUCGAACUCAUGUUUCCUCUCACCGGCACUUCAGUCCAACUUUAGGAAGACUUGACUUAAUGUUGGCGGAAAUUCGCGUUUAUUUUGAAUAGAUGUACACAGGUACCUACGUCGACACUUAUUAGCCAGGUAUUUCACUCUAGUGUUUUUCCUCUUCUAUGUCUUUAACCGCGUGCAACUUUCUUCCCAGGAAGCUGUUGAACACGGCAUUCUAACAAUCUGCACACAGUGGGUCUUUUGGUUCUUUCUGCUGAGCCUAACCUUCUGCCUGUCGGUUCAACUCAACUAUCUAAAUCGUGCAUUGGAUAUCUUCAACACAAGUGUCGUCACACCUCUGCUCUACGUCUUCUUUACCGCAUUUGUUCUAAUCGCCUCGGCUAUCCUCUUCAAGGAGGGCAAUACUCUCACACCACUGGACUACAUCGGAAAUGCCGUCGGGCUGACCUGCAUAGUCAGUGGCAUCGCCCUAUUGACUCUCUUUAAGGUGAGUUCUUUUUUGGCUAUCCACUUAGAUUGCUUUUUGAGUUACUUAUUUUCGGCCUCGAACGAGCACUGCUCAGGCGGUAUUGGCGUUCAGGGGUUUUUCAGACAAUUCGCAUCCACACCAGAUUGGUUUUCAAGUGGAAGCCUUUCAUGGGCCGUGCUGAAGAUGAUACAGAGGUGUUGGGAUAGAUUUUCACUGACUCUAACCAUGUGUUAGAAGUGGAGAUAGGUUGGGUAGAUGAGUUCGUAACUACUGAUUGAAAGCCGGCUAUUCCUGCGCCUGUGAGAGCGAAAAGAGACAAGGCAAAGCCCGAGAACAACUGUGGCUGCCAACUCUGACAUCGUGACUUUCAUGCGGUUUCCAAAGGAAAAAUUCGGGUUCCAGGCCGAAUGCAGGCACACUAAAUAGUCGUUCUGUGGCUUAUCUCCAUUUUACACUGAUUACCGGCAGUUGAUUUCCGCUUGCUUUGUUUGACUUUGCUGUGACAUUUAUUUGGCCUCACCGUCAGCAACUGCGGCCGAUAAUGGAACUUGGCGGAGUGUCGGCAAAUACUUUUGCCUGCCAUCUCUUUGCCAAACCUCUUAUUCUUGUUUGCAGAACCCUUGCGUGACUGCUCGAUAUUCGGUUCUGCGCCUGAGAAGUAUUUAUUUCGCCAAUCAUCCCAUUUACCUUUGACAUUGAUUGAAGUCCUGUGGGAUUUUGGCCCUCAACCUUAUACCACGACACCAGCUGGCCAACCUCAACUCUGUUGAUGAUAUCGCCCUGCCAGUGUCAACCUGUCAUAACCUGCGAGAUCGGCUCCCUCCCUUGACCAGCUGUAGUCAAACGCACGGCUCCCGGUGGGGCGUGGUAGCUCAGGUGGUUAGAGUGUUGGCUGUUCGCCAAUGGAAGCCAAGAGACGAGUCCCGGGAAGCAAUCCUGAAAAGGAGGCUCGAUUGCUGAGACAAAAGCCUGAUUCGUCUGACGUUUCAGAUUCUUGCUUGGCUAUUCUCAAGCCUUGUCCUUGCCAUCGUGGGUACCAAUUCCACCGAGGCCGCCGAGUUUUUCACAAUUGGAUCAAACAUACUGCCGAGGUUGUUUGGAGACGUCCGAUGCCGCCACCCCGUGAACUCCGCGCUGCCAUAGCUCUAACGGCACCUCAUAAAUUAAGGCGAUAAAGAGGUCGACCUGGGCCAAUCGCCUAUAAUUGCUGCAUCGUGGCGGCGCGACGGCAGAGGUCCCAUUCGAGAAACAAGCAAUGCCUGAUAGAUCGGCAAAUACACAACCUUUUAAGUGAAAAUACCCCUCAGGGGUUCGAGUUUUUUGGGGUGGGACAUUCGAGCCUUGGCUAUUUCUGUGUUAUUUGUGGCACUCCUGGCAAACUUCGCUACCUUGUCAGUGAAAUCCACCCUAACAAUUUUGCAGGGGCACUUGACUAUGACAGAUGCCAAGUGUCCCUCGACUCGAGAUGGGUGACCUCUUUGUCUUAAGCACACAUCUCACGACAGCUUGACGUCUUGUUGUCCCCCUACCUUACGUAAUUUUUUUCAUUUAACUCCACCCUUACUCCACAGGCACUGUCCACUCUCAGAACGCCUUUCCAACACCAUCCUCGCUUUUUUCCUUCCUGGGUUGCCUAUAUUUUCGAACUUGAGUUGUCAGAUUCAACUCAGUAAUAAUCAGAACACUCAUAGGACCUUAAAAUAACUGCCUUGAGAAGUCAUAAAACUAUUGACCUGUAUUAUUCUGCCUUCAAUAACACCAUUAGUAGCUUUUUAUGGCAUUAGCUGGGCACACCACUUUUUGCCUUUUUAUAGCCCUGCGUUAAAGCAUUCGAUGACAACCCUCACAUUGUCUGGAACUCACUGACUCGGACUGAAAUAUCGUCCGGCACGCUUCUGAUCUGCGAUGUUUUCUGUUCGGAUCCAAAAGAAUCAUCAUGCAGUCGUAGACUCUUGAUCAGCAACACACGCAUUCUCUACACGCAGGCUGGGAUAUCCCAACUAUUGGCCAACCUGAAGGCCCCAGGAAGAAAGUUACUUAAAGCGGCCACAAUCACUUUCUCCAGGGCAUUCGUAAUCGAUUUCAGAGCCCAUUAGAUCGGCGAUGGGAGAGCAUAGAGUUCUAACUCUCGGGGAAAUCAAUUUGUUACCGUAGUUAGCGAACGCAUUCGCACAACACAAGUCCCACAUACGGACAGAAGCACUAUUAACUGCCAUCAUUUAAUCAAUGUAGCCAACACUGUUGCGUCCGACCAGUCACUCAGAAAGAACGUUCGGUUUGCCUAUGUGGCAACCUGUGUGGCAGACUCCAGAAUAGAAGUAGAUAGUUUAAACAAAAGAGUGUUUCCUCCUGGCACUUAAGCGUGGCACCAGAUUACGUGUGGGGAUUACCUUUCCUCGUGACUUUGCAUCCUUGUCCUCGUAAUUGCAAGUAUUCGCUGCCGCCAAUCUCACCUCAAAAGUGCUCUCUCUCUUUGCACUCCUCUUUGUCCUUGAUCAUUGACCUAUCAUAUUAGUUUUAGUAAGUCCUGUCUGGUCUCUAGCUUCUUAAAUUGAUUGACUGUUAAAUUCAGGAAAGGUAUAAACUCGAAAAUGUCUGCCUCCCGUUAGAUCUUUUUUUCCAUGGAAGAGUUCAUAUUUAAAGCUCUUUUGCCGGGAAUCGUUUAAGUCCUCUGGACUAAUUUCCAUCGUCUCGACACCUGUCAAUCAACCACAGGUAGUAUACGAUACAGACGAGUUCCACCACAGCGACUCUGUCUGAACCCUGUCAUAAAAGAACGUUGCCUUCUAAACGUCCAUUUUUCCGAAAAAGUCAUUAGGGCCUUUCUAAUACUACGCUUUCGUGAAAUGCCUCCAGGCCUUUUUACCCUAUGUGGAAGGUGUAGAGAGACGGAUUUUUCAUUCCACAUUUUGGUUUCGGGCGCAAGUCUGUUGCCCACGAUAGUCACGCACAAGUUCUUUUUUAAGCUUCGUGCUCUCUCUCUCUCCCUCCUUCCCUAAAAUGUGUGCGUGCUCAUCUAAUAGCAAUUACGUUGUGGGGAGUCUGUUCUCGCGCUCUUUUGUGCUCGGCCCUGCACCAACUGCGCAUCAAAAAUUCAUGACGGAUGGCGGCGGAGGGGGGUGUAAUGUCUUUGGCAGCACUUUGCUCUUCAAGUGGGCGUUCGGCUACAUCCUCACCAACACCGAGUCACCACCCCCUCUUUCUACUCUGCGUUGUAAAAAUGUUCUUAUCGUAGCGAGCUGAGCUCGCGUUCUGCUGUCAGUGGUCUGAGUGUGGGCCUUUUUGGUUAUUGAAAGUCAACACUUAAUUGUGGAAUAUUGGGAAUAGGUAAAAGCGGCACACUCCCGACUUACUAGUUACACUUCAUAUGCAGAAGAGUAGCCCUCCUACCUCGAGCUUUGCGUAUGUUGCCGCCGUUUCUCUGGCUUCUCUCUCCGCGUUUCCGGCCUCACAAGAGUCCUUUGCCGGAAUUUGAAUGUAAGAUCCGAAAAUGCACCACCAUUGUAUGUUGACUGACCAACAGUUCACAUUGCUUUCAUUGCCAAAACUUGUAUAGUCAUUGGCCCAGUCAGACCUACUGCCUUGUUUUUCGGUUACCUAACUCGUCCGAUCCACUCCUGUCGCUCUGAUUAUUUUGUCUUUGCGAAGUGUUACCGACGCUGGUGAGGUGAGCUAAAAUGAUUUAUUCGAGCUUACUUGUCGUAGUUACUCGGAGCCAUACCUCAACCUCGGAAUCCUGAAGAUAAUUUGGUGUAUGCCACCCUCGGCGGGAUUUCUCACUCCGUCAUAUUCUGUCUCUGUUGAUCCGCAACCGUGAAGCGGUCUGACUAGCUUCCUCACCUUAUGCAAGCCAUUCCGUCCGUAGCAUCCUCCCCAUAAAUUAAUCAUUCUUCGUAUCUCGUGACCCUAAUCCAUUAUCCCAUUAAUUCCGAACGGAUUUCUCUCCAGUUAUCAGUCUUAAUCCUCAGCGAAGAGAGCGUUGUAAUGCACAGCAAAUUCAGCUAUUCACGUAACUGUAUUGAUCUGGUAAAUAUUUGCCAAAAACGAUCGUUUGCCAACCCACCAAUGAGCACAUUCCACUUCUGUAUGUGGUGGAGUUGAAACAAAACCUUCACUUCCACGGCGUAUAUCUGUGUCACCUUUCAGCGCUCAUCCUCACCAUUCGCGUCCUCAGCGGCCAAAGCUAGUCGUUUCUAUCUGAGACGGUUCAUCUCGCAACGUCACUGCAAGAACUUGGCACUGGACUGUUGACCCCCUCCCCACACCCCCCAUGCCCUUACCUCUCCAGGAGUGCAUUUUUUGAACCUUCUUCCCCCGCGGCUGACCCCCAGUACUCAAGUUCUCGGGACACCGCGAAGUUACGCCCAGCAGUCUUGCACUCCUUUUUCAGUCCCUAUUUUAACUGUUCCGACUUGCCUUCGUGCCAUUUGACUCCUCUACCUCCAAAGUGCGGAAUUCCUGUCUCUCAUUCGUCUCCCACUGAUACUUUUGCAAAUUGCCCCACCCCCCCCCCGCCCGCCUCUACUCGACCCCCGCAAACUCUCCUCGGGUGUUUUGUCUUUUAGUCUGUUUCGUUUUUUCGCCGCUUUUUCGUGCGCUGGGACCGCCGCUGGUGAGGCGUAAGUGGUAAGUCUGGGAAUUGGCGUCAUGCCUACAGGGUUUGCGCGCAUUUCAAAGUGCAAUUGCAGCCAAUUACGACCAUAACCUACCCCAGCCUCCGUCUUCUUCCCGCAUCGUUAAAUUAGUUUUAAGCCGAAUUUUUUUACCAUCCGCGCUGACUUAUCAGUCGAAAAUUCGGUUCAAUCCCCCACCCUUUAUCAGUCGAAUCUAAGGCAGAUUUUCUGCCUCAAGGCACUGUUUAUGUAUCGUGUCCAGUUGUUGUUGUGGGACCAGGGGGAGGUAGUGUUGUUGGUUUCAGAUCACACUUUUGCGGUUGGAGUUAGGCCAAAGCUAUUCGUCCACUCACAUGGUAGUCGAUUGGUUUUAUUCUUCCCCUUCGAGCAAUUCAUCUAAUGUUCAGGCAGUCUGUUGCUUCCGUACCACUGGUGAUUGCAUCCGAACACAGGUCACCAAUUUGCCAAAACUUGCGACUUUUGGAACAGGUUCAGAGUCCACAGUUCACCAGCUUUAGUGGCAGACUUCCCUCCCUCACCCUUUGCCACAGGUUUUCCCGACCGCCCUGCUGGCAGACUAUUAUAUCUGCCCUCUGAGCAACUUUCGAUUUACGCCUGACCCCGUCCAUUCGCCGAUUCCUUUUUUCAUAGAACAUAUCUAAAAUAUUCGCCAAUUCAUUUAUUUUCGCCUUGGUAAGAGUAACAGUUGUAGGUGUGUUCACGCGUACCGGAAACCCACAUAUAUUCUAAAGGUAGUGCUGUAUGUUGACUUUAAAACAAUAUUAUAGUGCUCCAUGAUGCUAGUUUAAGGUAUAUUUGGUGUUUGAACACUAAAAAUAGAUAGUUAUAAGCGUUUAUAGAGGGCUCUCAAAUAUUCGUGAAUUUCAGCUGUUCACGGGUACUAGUGGUCCCUUACCUCCGUGAAUAUCGGGGGAUAGACUGUUGAAGAAGGAGACACGAUCGCCGGGACAAGAGCUUUAUUAGCCUGACGUUUCGGAUUCCUACUCGAAUCCAUCAUCAGAGACAAAAGAGCAGAAACGGGCUAAUAAAGCUCUUGUCCCGGCGAUCGUGUCUCUUUCUUCAAGACUACUUCCUGGGACUCGGCUCUUCGCUUCUAUUGGAUAGACUGUGUUCCUAAUUUCCAAAAGAGACACCGAAUUGUUCUGGCAAAAGGUGUCCUGGGUUGUGGAAGAAACCCUUACUCGUCCCUUUUGUGCCGUAUUUGGCCUUAGUGGGUCUGUCGGAUAGAAUUACUGCCCAUCAUGAUAGAUUUUGUAUGCACGGAAGUGAACCAGAGGGAUAGAGAGAGAGAGGGUGGGGAAGCAUGAGAGCGCCUCAGCAGACUCUGUGGUUCUAGCCGUCAUUUCUCGAUUUUGCUCGCCGUCAAGCGGGGCAGACGGGUAAGACACUGAAGUUUGCAAUAAACGAAGCUCAGAGCACCCUCACCCAGCGUGUGCCCAUUGACAACAUGCGUAGGCGUUGAAAGCCCUCGCAAGAUGGUUGGACACUCUCAGCUUACUGAAAACCUAGGUCCCGAAUACCCACAACAAGUGAAUUUUUGUCUUACAUUUACAGCCUUGGACUUAACACCCAAUCUGUUCUACUCCAUAUUUUCCAGGUAUCUUAGUUGUCGCCUGGAGGCUCAUCUGCGUCUCGUUAAAACACUCUUCUACAGCAUUUUUGGGGCCGCGUUUUGGUUCACCGAGGUUAUGAGACCGAAGGUCACCCAGAACGCAGAAUUAGCAGUCUGUCACCAGUCUACCAUUCUGGCAUAGCCGUUCUGGUCUGCUUGCCCUAGCCAGUCAUGUGAAUUGAGGUCGAACAGUCAAUAAUGUAUCUGGAGUAAAUGACAAAAGCCCUUGAAAACUAUUUAAACGAUAGGAGUGGUGAGCCACCUUGGACGUUCAUGCUCUUUUACAACCCGUAUUUUGGCAUUUUUUGAGUUUUACCACUCUAAUGAACUUUUUGUCCCGCUAGGCAUGCCUUUUUGCUGGAUGUUUAUGAGGGACGUACCUUGUUCCGACUCGAAUGACUCCAAUAUUCCUGUCCUUUGCAUUUAUUAUGCCGGCGUCCAAAUCGGUGACCUGAGUAAGUGCUGGUUAGACAGCCCGAGUGUUCACUAGCGCAUCAGGGUCUUGCCUCGCCCUAGUCCCCUUACACCUACCCGCACAAUUGCCCUGUGCCAGUGUGUACCCUGUGAAUAUCGGGGUGCUGUUUCUUGCCUCUAACCUUCAUUUUAAGUUUGCCUCCCCUGGCCAUCGGUUAAUGGGUCAUUUGCCGGAGGUUAAGAAUGGCGCUGCAUCGGUAAUCGCAGUAGUUUCAGCCUAUUCGGCAGUGCUGGCCCUCAACUCAGUGAGAUGCCAUAAAUGCGAGUUUUGGCCCAAAAGAAAGCGUUCUCAGCAUCCGGCGUAGGCAUGGCUACCUGAGAUAGAUGGUCCCCCCUUAAUCUGUGUCAACUGACGUUGGUGUGUGCGGCAAAGACGGAUUGUACAGUUCGACCACGGUAUACUGCGUCGCAUCCACAGCAUGCCAUUUUGUAGGCAGUGUCUUCCUUUCCAAAAUAGUCAGUCCUAUCCGUGGGUGUCUAAACGGGGGGGCUGAAUAUAAUGGUCUAAUUGUGCGCCAGUUUUAUUUGAUUUUUCUCAAAUACCUUUUAUCGAGUUCGGACAUGUUCUUAACGCAAGAAAGAGUUCGUCGAGUCGCUGAUUUGGACGCCCGGUUGGAAUCACUUUUUGCUUUCGAUUCGUAUCGUGGCAUGCGCCGAUUUACAAAAUAUCGCAUCCGCAUCCGUUCGAAAAGGUAGUUCAUUUCUGCUCGGUAACUCCCAAGUUGCUACAGCAGAUACCCUCUACACUAUAGGCAGAUACUUUUACAAGAGAGCAGGGAGACGGACGAUUAAGUGACUGAACUCCACUAUCGCCAGCGCUUCAUUAUAAUAAGCGCGUAUCUUCGGAUGCUACAAGCAGUGCAGACCAGGCAUAAGUCCCACGACGGAGCAAGUAUAGGUUCACCAAGGGCCCCACGCACUGACAGCGUUUCCAGCGCGUUAUCUCAUUCGUUACUCUCUGAGGAUCGUCAUUCUCCACAGACUGGGGCAACGGUCCGACUCCGUAUCGUAAGACCUAAGGUCGCCUUCCCAUGGGGCGGAACGACGAACGUUGGCUCCGGUGUAGCCUCUGUGAAGUUAAUCACGGACACAGGAGAAUGCAAGCCAAACACAAAUACACGGACGCCCGUACCCAUGUUAGACGCAGGCGCAGGGUUCAACACUGGUGUAGCAUCCACUACUCUCGCAGAGUCGGGCAGGGGCACUGGAGGGUAUGACAACCCUGGACGCCAGCUAAGGGUCAUUCAGUGGCGGACAAUAAGCGUCAAUACCCAAAUACCGUCCUCCGCCCGAUCAGGACGAUAGGAAGCGUAUGGACACUCCCUCCCCUCCGCUGAGACUGUAUGGAUUACUUUGAAGACAAUGUCACAUUAUCGUGACCGCCACCCUUCAAACGUCAUGGGAACCUCAUGGUUAAAGUUUGUUUGCUUUUGAAACAUCAGAGCAAUAAACCAACGUUCCCAGGAUCGUCUUUUCUCAUUUGUGCUUGGCGGCGUGCAUCUUCGCCCCUACAUACUUGAAAUCCCAUGACUUCUUUUUAAGAACAAAAUAGUUUACUCGCUGAAGUUUCUAUACCAGUCAUAAAGGUCGCCGUCGAGCCUACAGUGAACGUCCAAGAUGGCUAACUGUUCAAACGAGCCGAGAAAUCAAUGGUUGACCAACAUUAGUUCUCUGUCCUCAUUCCAUUUAGAUUGGCCACCGUACCAUUCGAUUGUUGCGGGGAUUUUGUACGUGACGUCUAGGUUGAUAGGCUGAUUAAUCCAUGGUUCAUUGGAGUACUUGCCUUCCAUAACUUUUCGGCCUUCCUCGGAUGAACACUCGCCAACAGUGUGUUUUUCCUAUGUACGAACGUGUCAAUAUCCAUGGCAUGCGCCGCACCGUGAGACGUCCGACUUCGUCCCUAAACUGAUCGUACACAUGUGUCGAGGAUCGUGCAUUGAUCAGUUGUUAUCCUUAUUGUUUCAGGAUUGACUUCGGUGCCCAGUGGGCGUGCUCGUGAUCCGUCACGGUGCGUCUCGAGAUCCGCAUGGUAAUUGAUACUUCUGGGCUAGUUUGUGUCAUACUUCAAGAAAAUCUAGCGACUGCCUUUGGUCGCGGCGGCCAUUUUAAUGGCACCCAAGUCAAACGAUUGUCGCAUAUGUGAGUACUCCAAUUUAUGUGCAGGAAGUCGUGCUGAGGGGCCGCCAGCUUAUGGUUAGUAUGAGCCUCAAGGCAUUGAUGUGUGUGGCCAACAUAUGCUCAAGGCAAUAAUCCCAUGGGAUGCAGUUAAUAACGCUGUCUCGAUGUCCUUUAGGAGUUUGGUUCUGUGUUCGUGCUAACACCGCGUGAAAGGACGCUGGGCUGUGAACGGUGUGGGCGGCAGUAUGAUUUAGGUUUUCUGUGGUGUUUUGAAGGUUUCUUGAGUACAAGGCCGAAUGUGUAUUUCGCCUUCACAUUUUCGCCAUUUGGGUUGGACACUAUUCCCCGUGUCUAGCGUCUGCAGCAGUUUUUCACAAAGCACUUGGCACCAACGCGAGCAAUAUCAAUCGUCAUAUCGACUCUGACACAGGGUACAAAGCUCGCCAGUCUCCCCGCUCGCCCUCAUUGGUUUCCCGCGCCUGGUCCCAGUGGUUCAUCAUCCCUCCAUCCCAUUGAUUCCCAUCCCUCAUUCUACUAGCGUUCCCCCAGUCUCCUUACCUGUGCGUCACUUGCAUAGCCUCCUGCUUUAGCGUGAUAAUUCCACUUCUCUUAUGUGUUUAGUCUGAUGACUUGUUGUUGUCACUACCCUUAAAAUUCGUAAGUGCACCUCGGAUUUUCUGAUCCUAAUCCAAGCCGACUGAAAGCGCAUUACAUAUUUACAAUAUUCAUUAUUCACGUUUUGCACCUCUGCUGAUUUAAAACGGUAAAUCCCUGUAUAUGAGAGGUGUCGACGGCUGCUUUUUGCCAAAAUUCACGCUAGCUGUAUGUCCAACGUUUCUUUCCUUUAUUCGGGGGAGGGUGGUCAUUCCUUACCUUUUGUGUAUUCAUUUAACUCCCUUUCCCUCGUGCCUUCGCUCCGCAGGAUCUUUCUAUCACACUGAGAGAGUUGCUGCAGCAAUCGUCGGUCACCACAAGUGGAACUACCAGUCCGUUGGUCAAUCAACACAGCAGUAGCAAUUUCCGCGAAAAACUCAAGCGCCGUCUUGCUAAUGGCAAGGCCUGGUGCAAGCGUAGUCCCACUGUUCUACCUCCUGGCAGCAAGUCUCCCUUCGACGAGGAGGCCUACGUUCUCCUACAGAAUGUUGAAGAUCCAGACCCCGCGCUGCCCUCACCGCCAUUGAUUCUGCCAAGAGCCUAUGGCGUCGAGCCGCCCCGUGGUCUGCACCAGCGUACACCCUCGGGCAACCAGUCAAUACCGAUGCGGGAGCCAGUUACUGUGACCAGUGUGACCGAGAACGGGUCCGCCUUACCCUGGCCACCAACGUAA